GAUUAUUAUACCUACGAGGCGGGAAUCAUGUUUGUUCAAUUGUGCGUUUCCGCCAAUGGUCGUGAGAGGUUUCUAAAUGAAUUGGGCCUCCCAAUGUGAUUUGCAACGUCGCUCUCAUGAUCAACAUCGAGGCUGAGCCAUGGGUAAAUGUCCCGUAUUGUCCGUGUGUUGGUACUGGGAGGCCUUGUCUUCGAGCCCUUUCGAGUGAUGUCCUGUAAUCUCGAAUGCGUCCCUAAUUUUUCCAAGACUUGCCCUGCGACGGGUAUGCAGCUCGCACUUCUAACCGUCAGCCCAUUCCAUUAUGGGGGAAAAGUUCGCGUUUUGGCACCAGUUGGGCCGAUUCCAGGAACAUUUGCAAGGAUCAUUUGGACGGCUAAGCGGGGAGAUCUAAACGAACUUGCGGUGCUCGCCUCGUGUUUUCGACAUUGAAUGCUGGGAUUGAAAUCCAUGGUGCCUCCAGACAAAAUUGGUAUUGGUACAGCCCCCAGUCUAUACUAAACGCACCACAUUAAAAAUAGCAACUGAUA